AGCGGUGGUUUCGGGACUCGCCAGUUUUCCUCCGCCGCCGCUUCGCACGCUUUCUCCCGGAGAGAUGAGGCGGAAGGAGAAGAGGCUGCUGCAGUUCGCCGGGCUGCUCUUGGCGGCUCUUCUCUUCCUCCCGAACGUCGGGCUGUGGUCUCUGUACAGGGACCGAGUGUUCGACAACUCGCCCGACGCAGCGGACGGUCCGGGCGGCAUCCCCCCGGUACAGGAGCUGAGCCAGAUGAGGAAGGCCGCUCGGGUUGGACUCGACGGUGUGCGGCGGACAGACUGGCACAACUACGAAGCGAUGAGGAGAGAUGCUGCUCGCGUCGGUAACGGUGAACAGGGGAAGCCGUUCCCUCUGACAGAAACCGACCAGGUCGACCAGGCCUACAGGGAGAACGGAUUCAACAUUUACGUCAGCGACCGGAUCUCCCUCAACCGCUCCCUCCCUGACAUCCGCCACCCAAACUGUAAACAGAAGCUGUAUGCGGAGAAGCUGCCCAACACCAGCAUCAUCAUCCCGUUCCACAACGAGGGCUGGUCGUCACUGCUGAGGACCGUUCACAGCGUGCUCAACCGCUCUCCUCCACAGCUCAUCGCGGAGGUCAUCCUGGUCGACGACUUCAGCGACAAAGAGCACCUAAAGGUUCCACUAGAGGAGUACAUGAUGCGGAUUCCGAAGGUUCACAUCUUGAGGACAAAGAAGAGGGAAGGGCUGAUCAGGACUCGCUUGUUGGGAGCCGCAGCUGCUAAAGGAGAAGUCAUCACCUUCCUGGACUCUCACUGUGAGGCCAACGUCAACUGGCUGCCUCCACUGCUAGACCGAAUCGCCCAGAACAGGAAGACCAUCGUGUGUCCAAUGAUUGACGUGAUCGACCACGACAACUUUGGUUAUGACACGCAGGCGGGGGACGCCAUGCGAGGAGCUUUUGACUGGGAAAUGUACUACAAACGGAUCCCCAUCCCCCCGGAGCUGCAGAGGGACGACCCUAGUGAACCCUUUGAGUCACCGGUGAUGGCGGGUGGACUGUUUGCCGUGGACAGGAAGUGGUUCUGGGAGCUGGGAGGAUAUGACACGGGUCUGGAGAUCUGGGGAGGAGAGCAGUACGAGAUCUCCUUCAAGGUGUGGAUGUGUGGUGGUCGGAUGGAGGACAUCCCUUGCUCCAGGGUAGGACACAUCUAUAGGAAGUACGUCCCCUACAAGGUCCCGGGCGGGAUCAGCUUGGCAAAGAACCUAAAACGCGUGGCAGAGGUGUGGAUGGACGAAUACACCGAAUACAUCUACCAGCGUCGGCCCGAGUACCGCCACCUGUCAGCGGGAGACAUGACGGUGCAGAAGGAACUGAGGAACCGGCUCAACUGCAAGAGCUUCAAGUGGUUCAUGAGCGAGGUGGCCUGGGAUCUGCCCAAACACUACCCACCGGUGGAGCCUCCCGCUGCUGCCUGGGGAGAGAUACGAAACGUGGGCAGCCACAUGUGUAUGGAGAUCAAACACUUUGUGUCAGGGAGCCCCAUUCGCCUGGAGAGCUGUGUGAAAGUAGGCUGGAGUCAUGGACAGGUGUUGACAUUUGGCUGGAGGGAGGAUAUUCGAGUGGGUGACCCCAUGCACACGAGGAAGGUGUGCUUUGACGCGGUCUCCCAGAACAGCCCCGUCACCCUGUACGACUGCCACGGCAUGAAGGGGAACCAGCUGUGGCGCUACAGAAAGGAUAAGAGUCUGUAUCACCCCGUCAGCAACAGCUGCAUCGACAGCAGCCCCAGCGAGCGGCGCGUCUUCAUGAACACGUGCGACCCCUCCUCCCCCAGCCAGCAGUGGCUGUUUGAGAGAACCAACGCCACCGUGCUGGAGCACUUCAACCGGGGCACCGACUGAGGGCACUGGGCAGUGAGAUGAGGCGUCUUCCGAAGAAAAAGAUCAUGGAACAAUGAUCACCUUUGAUCAGGGCCAAACUCCCGGAAGCCUUUUUAGAAUAUGUUUCUGCGUACAAUUUGAAGAUGAGAAUGGAAGCUACGAAUGGACAACAUGCUGCUUUAGAAACAUUCCCCCGUGGUGAAGCAGUGACCCGCUGCACUGGCCGAGAGCUCAGAGCACUGGUCGGACCGCACACAGCGACAUCCAGAAUCCAGUCGUACAGCAUGAGCUUGUGACGAGGAAGGAGGACGGGGAGAACCACGGUGGAACCUGAUUGUCCUGUGGAAGCCCAAAAAAACUGCAGUUUGGAGGUCAAGAAUUCACAAGAGACAAAGAUUUGCAAAGAUGCUCCUUUGAAUCUGUCAAACACAGACUCUGCUGGAUAGAAUGGAUGAUCUUUUCUUUUGCCUCUUUUAACCUUGCGUUUUUUUUCUAUUAUUGCCUUAAAAAUUUCAACAACGGGAUGUGCCUGCUCUUUGUUUUUAUUCAUGGUACCAAAACACUUUUUGAAAGCAGUUAUUCUAUGGAACCUGGGAGAGAAAAAAAUCAUCAAACAUAUUUGUGAACAAUUAUUCCUGCACAAUGAG